UUGGGUCAUAGCAAGUGGAUAAUCGACACCUUAAUAAGGACUUUUGAAGGCUCUUAGUGGGAUAACAAACGGUGGAUGUCUGCUUAUUGCAUUCAAUUAAUGGUACAGUUAGCUAUAUGUACAUGCAUACGAACUUUCAGAUCGGAAGUUCAAAUUUGGAAUUGAAGUUGCAAGUUUAAAGCAAACGACCUCGUCUCACGUAAAUAUAGUGCAUCUCGUUUUUCUCAGUUAGCUUACUCGAUGUACUCAAAAUAAGUACUCUAUUUUAGCUAACUGUAGUCAUAAAACAGUUCUGUAAAUGGUAGCUAUAGCAUUGUCCUUGAAACAUCUAUAUACCCUAUGCCACAAAGCUAGCUGUUUGAUUUUGCAAGAAUCAGUAACUUAUACUUCGGUGGCUAGCUAGCGUAUUAGCGUUCGCUAAGUCAGGGUCAAUGUUACUGCGAUAAGCCAAGCUAGCUCUGGCUCUAAGUUAUAUAUUUUUAUCAGUGAGAAAGUUAGCUAAUGCUAGUUUGGUUGCUCGCGCGCUGCACAGAAGGAAGUGUAGCAUCAAUAUAGCUAGCCAGCUAUAGCUCUACAUUAUUGGCAGUUGGGUUUGUUUUGUUAGUGCAAGACCGAUAACAAGCUAACGCUAGCUAGCGAACACUAACUCGAUUCGUGCAAAAAUGAUUCCUGAUAAACCCCCCAGAGAUGAUGUUUAUCAAGCAGCCAGUGACUUGUUUAAAGAUGCGCAUGUUCCAACGUUUGAGAAAUACAAAGAACUCUACCAUAAAUCCAUUGAAAAUCCAGAAGAAUUUUGGGAAACAGUUGCAAAGGACUUCUUCUGGAAAUCCAAGCGCACUGGCCAGUUCCUGGACUACAACUUUGACAUCACAAAGGGCAGGAUCUACGUCAAGUGUAUGGAAGGGGCCACUACCAAUAUCUGUUACAACGUCUUGGACAGGAAUGUUAACGAGAGGAAACUUGGGGACAAAAUUGCCUUCUUUUGGGAGGGGAAUGAGCCUGGAGAUGAGCUGAACGUGACGUACCGGGAGCUGCUAAAGCAAGUCUGCAAAUUCUCCAACGUCCUCAAGUCCCUAGGAGUGAAGAAGGGCGACCGCAUUUCCAUCUAUAUGCCCAUGAUCGUGGAGCUGGUGGUAGCCAUGUUGGCAUGCGCACGCAUUGGAGCCGUUCACUCCAUUGUGUUUGCAGGAUUUUCAGCAGAAUCUCUUUGCGAGAGAAUCCUGGACUCUCAGUGUUCUUUGCUAAUCACCUCUGAUGGAUUCUACAGAGGAGACAAGCUGAUCAACUUGAAAGUGAUUGCAGAUGAGGCGCUGAGAAAAUGCAGGGACAAAAACUUCCUGGUAAAGAAGUGCAUCAUGAUAAAGCACUUGUCCAAGGAAGAGUCUGUCUGUGCGGCAGACUGCCAGUCUCCCCCAGCGAAGCGCAAUUGUCCCGGCCUGCAGCAGGAGAAACAGAGAGAAAGAGUAAAGAAAGUCCGCCCUACACCUCAGGUGCCCUGGGACCCGGAGAUGGACCUCUGCUGGCACACGCUGGUGAGCACGGCCUCUGAGGAGUGUGAGCCCGAAUGGUGCCAGUCUGAAGACCCCCUCUUCAUUCUCUACACCAGUGGUUCCACAGGCAAGCCCAAGGGAGUGCUGCACACGGUCAGUGGGUACUUACUGUACACUGCCGCCACCUUCAAGUUUGUGUUCGACUACCAGCCUGAUGAUGUGUACUGGUGCACAGCUGACAUUGGCUGGAUCACAGGCCACUCCUACAUCACCUAUGGGCCCCUGGCCAAUGGGGCCACCAGUGUGCUGUUUGAAGGUUUGCCUACCUAUCCGGACAUGAGCCGCAUGUGGGAGAUCGUGGAUAAGUAUCAGGUGACCAAGUUCUACACAGCCCCCACAGCCAUUCGUCUGCUGAUGAAAUAUGGGAAUGAGCCAGUCCACAAAUUCACACGGAAAUCCCUGAAGGUGCUUGGCACCGUGGGGGAACCCAUCAAUCCCGAGGCCUGGCAGUGGUACUUCAACGUGGUCGGUGACAAGAGGUGCCCUGUGGUGGACACCUUCUGGCAGACCGAGACUGGGGGACAUGUUCUGACGCCCUUGCCAGGUGCCACGCCCAUGAAGCCUGGGUCAGCUACAUUCCCCUUCUUUGGUGUUGUUCCUGCUAUUCUGAACGAGUCUGGAGAGGAGCUGGAAGGACCAAGUGAGGGCUAUCUGGUGUUCAAGCAGCCCUGGCCAGGAAUCAUGAGGACUGUGUAUGGAAACCAAGAGAGGUUUGAGACCACCUACUUUAAGAAGUUCCCUGGAUACUAUGUUACAGGCGAUGGUUGCCGGAGGGAUAAGGAUGGUUAUUACUGGAUCACGGGAAGGAUAGAUGACAUGCUGAAUGUGUCUGGGCACUUGUUGAGCACGGCGGAGGUGGAGUCGGCCCUGGUGGAGCACACUGCAGUGGCGGAGGCUGCGGUCGUGGGCUGUCCUCACCCUGUGAAGGGGGAGAGCCUGUACUGCUUCGUGUCCCUCAGGGACGGGGUGGGCUACAGCGGGGCGCUGGAGACCGAGCUCAAGAAGCAGGUGAGAGAGAAGAUUGGUGCAAUUGCCACUCCGGAUUACAUACAGAAUGCCCCUGGCUUGCCCAAAACCAGAUCAGGGAAGAUCAUGCGUCGCGUUCUGCGGCAGAUCGCCCGGGGCGAGCGGGACCUCGGGGACGUGUCCACGCUGGCUGACAGCUCCGUCGUCGAGCAGCUCUUCGAGAACCGCUGCGUCACCGCCGUGUGAUGGAGGGUUCUGGAAC